AUGGCUCAUUCCUGGCUCUCUAUUGUCCACGCCGUGGCUGCGGUCUUCGCCAUCAUCGAGCUGGGCCUAACUGCGUACAUUGCCAGUUGGUGGGGAGGAUACUGGUCAUUUGACCGCGUCAACUUCAUGAUCUUCAACUCGGUCUGGUCGCUCCUGGUUCUCGCCUACGUCGGCAUCACUCCGAUUUACAUGACCAGCAUCUUCCACAAGCUUGCCGCGUUGGUACUCAAUGUUAUAACCACCAUUUUCUGGUUCGCUGGAUCAAUUGCGCUUGCUGUCGCCUUCGGCCACUCGGGUGGUACAGCCGCUGCAGCGAUCGCUUUUGGAUUUUUCUUGUGGGCCCUCUUCAUGGUGUUGACCGUUGUCGAUGCUCUCGAGUCGCUCCGCAGUCGUGGGCACAAUGCGCCUGCGACUAGCAACAAGCCCUCGGCUUACCCUGGUGUCUAA